AUGGCACUGGUUUUGCCAAGGUUUAUAGUCAUCAACUUCAAUGACAACGACGAGAAGGACAACAAGAGACAUUACAUGGGCUACAUCAAUGAAAAAGGGAAAGACUACAAUGGGUACCUUGCGUUCACUGAAACUCAGGCUGUGAGUGCAUAUGCCAAAUUUAAAGUGGAGACUGCUAAUAGAAAUGGUUUGGUGCACAUAAGAAGCUCUCAAAACAACAAAUACUGGUUACAAACCAAAGAGAAUAACAACAGAGGAGAUUUCGCCCGGAUUACUGCAACUGCCGAAAACCUAGAGAACGACCAAUGCAAGGUGUCUUGUACGUUGUUCAAGUUUAUCAUUGAAGAUGCUGCAACAAAUAUGUACCGAAUAGUACAUAUCCAGUCAGGAUGCUAUUUAUCAUCAAAGUGGCGGGCAUCAAACUUUCCUUGUUUUGUGGGAGCAAAUGAUAAAACUUGUCAAGGAACAUUUAUGAUGUCAAAUAUGAUAUGGAGAAUUCAAGGGGCAGAUUCUAACGAGAAUAGCAACAAUAACAAGCAUACCUUGUUUCACCCCAUUAAAGUUGACUAUCAAACUAUAGGUCUUCUCAACUUGGGUAACAAUCAUUUCUACAAGUGCCUAACAAUCGAGGGAAAGAAAAGCUGCCUUAAUGCAGCAACCCCCACUGUCACCAAAGAAGCCAAGCUAAAGGUGGAAGAGCAUGUUUUGAUAUGGAACAUUUAUGAUGUCAAAUAUGAUAUGGAGAAUUCAAGGGUUUAUGGUGAAACAGUCCUUGUCGUGGCUAAGAAUUCUGCCAUCAACAAUACCCAGCAAACCUCAAAUUUAGACGUGAAGCUCUCUUACACAAAUACCAGGACUAGUAAUUGGAAAACUAUGCUUUACCUGAAGUUAGGAAUGAAAGCCACCAUGGACUUUAGUAUUCCACUCAUUUUCUAUGGAAAGAUUGAAAUUUUUGGUGAAGUUCAAUCAGGAGUUGAGUGGGGAGAGAUCACAACGACGACCACUGUACUGAAGGUUGUGCACAAAGUUGUUGUCGCACCAAUGAGUAAGAUGACGGUAUCUCUAAUUGCAACAAAUGGUAAAUGUGAUUCUCCCUUCACAUUCAUGCAAAAGGACACACUUUACAAUGGGAACAUUAUCACCACUGAAGUGCAAUGCGGCACUUACACCGGUUCUAAUUUCUAUAGCAUCAAAUUUGAAACCAAGCAAGACAAGAUCUAA